CGUUGCUAGGCUAAGCGCUACCCUUUGCCACAGCCACCUAAAACCCUCCAAAACCCUAGCAUUUCAUCAUCACUACCAAUCAAUUCUAGGGUUUAAAACCGUCUUCUUCCCCAAUUUCAUCCGCCAUGGAUAUGGAAAUUGAAGGUUUAGACCUUCAAGAAUUCGACCCAAUUGAAGAAUUCAACCCAAUUGAAGAGCAAAAUGAAGAUUUCUGCACCUCAAUCAUCUCGCAAUUCGGAAAAUCCAAUAACGAACAACACCUCAAUCUCUGCAAUGUUAUCGGAACAAUGUCGCAAGGUCUCAAAGACAACAACGUUCCUCUCUUACCUGCGGCGUACUUUGGUUCCAUUGUUUCUUCCCUUGACCGACUUUGUGUCUCCUCUGAUUCUUCCUCCACGUCACCCGACCACAAUGUUGAGGCACUUCUUACUUUGAUGAGUUUGAUAAUGCCGAGGAUUCCUGUUGGGAGUCUUAGGAAGAGGAAGGUGUUGUUGUUGGAUUUGUUGAUUAGGGUUUUACAAGGCGGUAGUUGUUUGUCGACUGAUGGUGUUGUGGCUGGGUUGAGCUGUGUUUCUGGGUUGCUGGUUAUUAGGGAUUCUUUAAAUUGGUCUGAUGUUAGUCAAUAUUAUGGGUUUCUUCUUGCAUUCGUCACUCAUUCGGAUAGUAAGGUGAGGAAGCAAUCGCAUAUUUGUAUUCGAGAUGUAUUACAAAGCUUCCAGAGAUGUCCACUGUUGGCACCUGCAAGUGAAGGAUUCACUAGCAUGUUUCAGAAAUUGGUGCUUCUUGCUGGAGCAUCAAAAGGUGCCCCUGCUGAGAUAGCCCAGGAGAUUUUGCAUGUCCUUGAGGCUCUUAAAGAUUGUCUGCCUUAUAUUUCUAUGAAAUACAAAACAUCCAUCCUGAAGUACUACAAAACCCUAUUGGGAGUGCGUAAGCCCCUUGUCACAAGGCGUAUAACAGAUAGUUUGUAUGUCCUUUGCCUUGACCCUAGUGUGGAAGUUAAACCCGAAGAUUUGGUAGACCUUCUAAGCGCUUUGGCUACUUCAGUUCAAGUGGAUGAAACGUCAGCUGAUGGCAUGAAUGUUACUGCUCGUCUGUUGGAUGUCGGUAUGAGGAAGGUUUACAAUCUCAACAGGCAGAUCUGCGUUGAUAAGCUUCCACUUGUACUAAAUGCUUUGCAAGAUAUUUUUGGAUCUGGGUUCGAGGAAGCUAAAUUUGCUGCGACCGAGUCAUUAAAGAAUCUGAUACAAGCUUGUGUUGAUGAAGACCUAAUAAAGAAAGGUGUUGACCGAGCAAACAGUAAUUUAGACUUCAACAACAGAAAGUCUGCACCGUCUAUUAUUGAGAAAAUUUGUGCUACUAUUGGAAGUUUUCUCGACAACAGAUAUCGUAGCGAGUGGGACAUGGCCUUCCAGAUUGUCUCUUUGAUGUUUGACAAACUAGGUACUUUCUCUUCUGUCCUUCUAAGAGGCAGCCUGGAGAGCUUGGCAAGCAUUGAAAAGGAAAGCGAGGAAGAUUUCCCAGAGAGGAAAAAGUUGCAAGAUUGCAUUGGAUCAGCACUUGCGGCAGUGGGACCUGAAGUCUUUUUAUGCAUUUUGCCACUGAAUUUGGAAGCUGACACUCUGUCUGAUAUUAAUGGUUGGCUUUUCCCAAUUCUAAAACAGUAUACAGUUGGUGGACGUAUGAGGUUCUAUGUCGAGUCAUUGCUGGGUAUGGUUGAAAACCUUAAGCAAAAAUCUAAAAAGCUUAAGUUAGAGGGGCAAGUCCAGGCAUCAAGAUAUACAGACAGGAUUGUAUACCAAGUGUGGACCUUAUUGCCUUCAUUUUGCAAUUACCCUUUGGACACUGCUGAAAGCUUCAAACUUCUUGAGGAAGUUUUAUGCAAUGCUUUGUAUAAAGAGCCUGAUCUUCAAGGAAUUAUUUGCUCCAGUUUGCAAAUCCUCAUACAACAGAAUAAGUGUAUUCUAGAAGGAAACAAUUAUGUACCCAGCGAUAAACUAAAUGCUCCCAUUGAGAGAGCUAUUGGUUUUUACAAUCAAGAGGUGGCUUCUGCUAAUUUGGGAGUGCUGAGAUCUUCUGCUCGUAAUUUCUUGUUAGUUUUAUUCAAUGCUUUCCUGAACUCCACAAAUGAUCCUGGUGGAAGCUUGCUGUCUACAAUAGGUGAAUUCGCAUCAAUAGCGGGUGAAGAUACUGUGUCAAAAUUACUUAGGAAAGAAAUGAAACAACUUUUGAAGUUCACUGAUGAUGGCAAUAAAAGAGAUGCAAUGGAGAUUGACUUUUCAUCCGGUGAUAAUUCAUUUUCUUGCAAGAGAGCUCAGCAUUUUGAUCUGGCUGUUUCACUUUUGCCUGGUUUGGGUCCUCAGGAUACUGAUAUCUUGUUUUCUACCAUAAUUCCAGCACUGGAGGAUGUCGAUGGCUUGAUCCAAAAGAAGGCGUACAAGGUUCUUUCAAUGAUUCUCAAGAAUUCGGAUGGGUUUAUUUCAAGGAAGAUUGAAGAACUUCUCAAGUUGAUGAGUGAAGUGCGGUCUAAAUGCCAUUUCUCAGCCAAACGUCAUAGGCUUGACUGUUUGUAUUUUGUUAUUGUCCAUGUGAUCAAGGAUGAAGCAGGAUGGGAUAAAAUCAGUCCUUUCAUAGUUGAAAUUGUACUUGCGCUGAAAGAGGUUAAUAAGAAAACCAGAAAUCGGGCUUAUGAUAUUCUAGUCCAAAUUGGUCAUGCUUGUGACGAGGAGAAGGGAGGGAAAAAGAAGGAGCAAGGAGGGGAAAAGAAGAACUUAUUCCAAGUCUUUGAGAAAGUAGCUGCAGGCCUUGCCAGCGAUUGUUCGCAUAUGAUCAGUGCAACUGUGAAAGGGUUGGCUCGCUUGGCUUAUGAAUUUUCCGAUUGUCUUUCUGGUGCAUGCGAUCUGUUUUCCCCUUCACUUUUACUUCUUGAGAGGGAGGACAAGGAGAUCAUUAAAGCUAAUUUGGGUCUACUUAAGGUUUUGGUUGCAAAAUCACCAUCUGAGAUCCUGCAAAUUUACCUGAAAGGCAUGGUUGAUGGUAUUUUAGUACGGCAGGAUGGCUCCAUGAAGCAUUUCAAAGCUAAGGUUAAACACUUGUUGGAGAUGCUUGUCAAGAAAUGUGGCCUUGAUGCUAUUAAGGCUGUAAUGCCAGAAGAUCAUAUGAAACUUCUUACUAAUAUUCGCAAGAUAAAAGAGCGGAAAGAAAGGAAGUUGGCAUCCAAUUCUGAGACAAGUUCCUACCUGUCAAGAGCAACUACGUCCAGGCAAAGUGGAUGGGGUCACACAAAGAUAUUUUCUGACUUUGAUGAAGAAUUUAGUGAUGGGGAUGAUAUGGAUGCUGGGACAUCUGUUGGUCGACGGAGCAGAUCAUCUUCCAAGUUAAAAUCAAAAGCGCCUUCAUCAAGGUCAAGGAAAACGAGGUCUGGAAGGAGCUUAUUAGAAGUUGACCUAGAAGAUGAACCACUUGAUCUUCUGGACCAGCGUAAAACAAGGCUAGCUCUUCGUUCUGGUGGAAAUCUGAAAAGGAAGCUUGAUUCAGAAGAUGAGCCCGAGUUUGAUGAGGAUGGACGACUAAUAAUUCGUGAGGAAGGAAAACCCAAGAGUGAGAAAUAUUAUGAUGAUAAUUAUGAAUAUGAUGAAGAUAAAACUGAUGUUCGAAGCUUUGUUUCUUCUAAAUCAAAGAAGGCUGACCAGAAGCGCAGGAAAACAUCUGAGUCAGGAUGGGCCUAUACUGGUAAUGAGUAUGCUAGUAAGAAGGCUCGUGGAGAUUUGAAAAAGAAGGGCAAAUUUGAGCCGUAUGCAUACUGGCCACUGGACCGUAAGAUGCUCAGCCGUAGACCCGAGCACCGGGCUGCUGCUAGAAGGGGUAUGCGUAGUGUUGUUAAGUUGACAAAAAAGCUCGAAGGGAGGAGUGUUGCAAGUGCACUUUCCAUUAAGAGCAAGGUAAAAAAGGCUCAUAAGAAAUGAAAGGUAGCUUAGAAUGCUCAAUAUUCUGUUACUAGUUUUUUUAUUUAUUUUCGUGUUAUUUAUAGAAAAAAAUAAUAGGAAUUUUGAAAAGAACUUAUUUUAUUUUUCUCCCUAGUACACAUAUGUUAUGAGUCUACAAUGUAAGUGCAGUCUAAUUUUGACGUCAUGUAAAUUCAUGAUUUCGUUUUGUAAUGAUGCAUCAUAAAUUGAUUAAUGAAUGAAUUUAUUCGAUGAUAAAUUGAUUUAUUCCUUCA